AUGGAGGCUCUCUUCACUUUCUUGCAGGAUAGUAUCUCAGGGGAGUCGUUUGACCCUAGAGCUGCGCGGCCACGUUGCAAGGUGUGUGGGGCCGAUGCGUGGCUGCAAUGGGACGGCCGUUACGCCGACUUUUGUAGCCGUAGUUGCCGAGACCAGUGGGCAGCUAGCCAAGGGCACGUCCCAACUCAAGGUUCGCAGGACCUUUCGAGACGCGAGGGAGGGAGAGCUAAGGAACCCUCCGGCAUGUUGGGACACAGGCAGGCGCAGCUACAACAGGAAAAGGAGGAGCAAUGGGAGCAAACAUUUCCACCCAGGAAUCGCAACCUCCCUCGUAGGAGGGCCCAACUGCAAAUGCAAAACUCUUGGAUGCAGCAGCAGCAGAACAAGAUCGACUCUGGUGGUGCUACCGCUGCCGUAGGUGCAUUUGCAGAGGCAGCUGCUGCUAAAAAGGUCGCCAGAGUUCUGCGGGAGAAGGUACCGAAAAAAAACUCCCCUGUGCAGCCUAAGGCACAGCGUCUAGAGUCUCGAAUCCCGUCGGCGGCUAAUACCCCCAGGAAGAUGGCCAGCACUGCCGACAAGGGCACUGGCGAAGGCCUGCCGCUGCAAAGGCAGCGCACAGUAGCGCGUUUUAUAGAGGAGGGGGAGAAUGCGGCUGAAUUACAGUCUGCUUUGAGGGAUUACCAGGAAAGUCUCCAACGCCAGCGACAAAAAUCAGGAGAAAAAACUGUUGAAAGUGCUGCUCAUGCCUCUUCGGUUGCUACAGUUGGUGCUGCAGACAACAAUACGCAAGUGAUCGCGAAACAGCCAGAUAUGGAAUUGCUGCAGCAGGAAAGGGAAAAGUACGAAGAGCAGAUGAAGGCAUUUGCGGAGGAAACGAAGCAGCAAUUGGGCCAGCACUGGGCGCAGCUAGAAGCCGAGCUGCAACGCAUCGCAGCUGAAGAAAGCGGCGCCCAAAAGACUCUUGAGGCGCAGUUGAAGCAGGUUCGUGAUGACCUUCAGCAACUAAUGCAGCAGCACGUACAGCAACAACUGCAACAACAGACGUUGGCUGAGGGUAGGCUUGAGCAGCAGCUGAAGGCCCAGCUGAAGGAGGAACUGGAGCAGCAAAUGGAAAGGAAGCUCGAGGAACGCCUCCAGAGGCAGCUAAAAGAACAAGCCGAGCAGCAGUGCAAGAAAAAGAUGAGCUUAACGGGCCCAGAUAGCGUCAGCAUGAGACCAUCGGAAGAGCAUCCGUUGCUGCAACAUCUGUUGGACCAGAAAGAGCAGUUGCAGCAGCAGCUACUGCAGCAACAACGACAGCAAGAAGAACUGAUGUAUAGGCUCCAGCAGCAGCAGGAGCAGGCCCUGCAAGCCCUGCGAAAGCUGGCUCCUCCAGCGGAGUCCUACCACGGAAAAGAAAGCAAGAGCAGCUCCACACUGAACCAUCAUUUGGAAAGUUUGCUGCUUGAGGCUCUACUAAGUCGCUUGAAGACUAACGAAAACCAUCAACUGAAGGAACAAAAUCAAGAAAGGCAAAGGACAUCAGAGGUAUCCAGCUGGGAGCAAAGAGAGUUGGCCCUACGGGACGCUGCAGCUGCAGCAGCUGCUAUUGCCAAAGAAGUGGAGGUUGACCAGCACUUCGAGGGCCAGCUUGAAACUACCGUCUUGCGAGCCAACCUGCUGCUGCCGGACUCCGCUCCGGUACAGCCCCAACAAGGCUUGCAGUUUGGCAGCAAGUUGCAAGUGGUACUUCGCUGUGCAACGGGGCCUGGUGAAUGGGAGGAGAAGGAGUCUAGCCUUUCUGCUGACGGACAGUGGCAGGAGACCUUUACCUUCUCUAUUCACUGGCCGUCUGCGGCUACUGCUGCUGCUGCUUCUGCUGCACUCUGUGCACAGUUGUGGGCCACUAAAUACAGCAGCAACAGCAGCACUGUCACCACAGCGCACAGGGACAACAGCAAGUGCUGCUUCGUUGGAGAAGCUGUGCUCCCACUGCCUUCCUUCACCAGUGCUUGGGAGUACAGGGCCCCUUUACGCUGGCGCAGCAGCUUGGGAGGCAGGAGGCAGCAACAGCCAUUGCUUCAGCAGGGGGAUUUGCUUCUGCGUGUACAGUUUCAUCCAGCCAAUGUGAAGCCAUUGGAGGUACCUCAUCAAUUGGAGGAUCUGCAGGCACCUUCCUCACCGGAGCGAGCCAAGCAUGGGCUGCAGAGUCACACAAGCAGUGCCACUGACAAAAGAGGCAGCAGCGACAGCAGCCGCCGGACUGACAGCAACAGCAGCAGCACAAGCAGCAAAGACUGCUGUGAGAGUGAACAGAAAUUGCUGCCUUUAAGUCCCUUGAAGGAGGUCUCAGAUGGAGCGGACACCCUUCAAGAGCGUCUGCUCCAGCAACUAGACGAGCUCUCUACUGCUUGGAGACGUGCCCUGGCUGAAGAACAGCAGCAGCAGCAUCCCUUACCCGUUUCCAUCGACUGCCAGUCUCUUCAGGAGCACCUUCGUCAGUCUACUUUGAUGGGGGCGCUUUGUACUAAUUCCCUGUGCAGCAAUCUCGCAGGUCCAUUCGCUGACUUGUACAGCGAGGAGGAAUUUCGAGUCUGGGGCCUCUGCAACGCAUGUCAGGAGCAGUUGUUCACCACUCCACUUCCUCAAGGGGGAUUGAAGAGCCAAGCAAAGCUGCGGUUGCAGCUGGCUUCUCCAUUUGCCAGUUGUUGCAGAGACAAUUGUCACGACAUUGGGAAUAUCCAAGCUCUUGCGAGGGCAACAGCGAGUCAUAGGAACCCCCAAUUCGGAGAACUGAGGCUUGACGGAAACAUACCAGUUGCAUUUCCUACUUCUGAUUGCAUUUGGCCUUCAGCCUUGCAACUGCUGCAUGCCCAGCGUUUUUCUCAGCUGUCUGUACAGGAACGUUUGCGGCGUUGUUGCUGUAGCAGCGAGCUGCUUGCAUUGCUGCAGUGUCCUCUUUUGCAGGCAUUUGAGAGGCUGGAUUGGCACUCUCGUGCUGCUGCCGCAGUACGCACCUGCCUGCUUCUCUUGCUGCGACAGCACCCUAAGUUGCAGCUUCUCUUAUCCACCCUACAAGGCUUUCAUAUCAGUUACCACGACCCAUUACAGCAGCGGCUGUUGCGUCGCAUGCAGCAUCAACGGCGACAUUGCGAAGAAAAGAAAGUGGGGGACCUUGGACGAGAUGAGCUGCGGGGCAAAACGAGGGCCCCCUUCCUGCCACGAAACUUUGCUGGAGUGCUUCUUAUGGAUCUUUGCGCUGCUCUUGGACCCCCAACCCGUGACUAG